ACUUUUUCCUACUCCCAGACGUCAGCGUUGGUGCUUCAGCCCGCCGGAUGACGAAGGCCUUCAUGUGACAUAUCACGAAACAUGUAUUCACACGGCUCACUUAAAUUCGGAUUCUAACUAUAAUAUGCAAUGAAGUGGUCUGGUCCAUGUAUAUAUUAGGUUCUUACAUUUCUCUUAUUAAGCUAGAAUGUUGCGGUUUUGUUAAUCAAUAUUAUUUCCAGAAGGGGGUUAAAAAGGCGUUAAUGCGAUGCAAAUUGCUGUCGCUUGUCCUCUGGAGGUUGGAGUAAAUUUCUCAGAGGACAGAAAGCCCUGACCUCCCUCCUUAUUCAUCCUGCUUGAAGCCUUCUAUUCUAGUGCACUUCAUUGAAAAGCGACAUUGAAAGCGAAUCCCAGCCGCCGUCAUCGUCCUCUGUGCUUUGUCUGAGACACACAGAGCGGAGGCUGGGCUUUAAUAAGCGCUGAGCUGCGGCCCUGUUGCUCAUAUCAUCCAAACACGGCACCAAGCUCAACUCAGACCACGUUCUUCAGUAAUGGGUUGUUACGAGUGCUGCAUGCGGUGUCUGGGAGGAGUGCCCUACACGUCUGUGGUGGCAACUCUGCUUUGCUUCUCUGGCAUCGCACUGUUCUGUGGCUGUGGGCACCAGGCGCUCACGGAGACUGAGAGGCUUAUCGAGACCUACUUCGCCCGCAACCUGCAGGACUACAUCACUCUAGCCUACCUUAUUGAAUAUUUCCAGUACAUUAUCUAUGGCCUAGCCAGCUUUUUCUUUCUCUACUGCAUUGCACUGCUGGCUGAAGGCUUUUACACAACCAGCGUGGCAAAGCAAACGUUUGGCGAGUUCAGGAGCACCGUCUGUGGCCGCUGUCUCAGUACAACAUUUAUUGUGAUCACGUAUUUCCUGGCCGUCAUCUGGCUGCUGGUCUUUGCUUUCUCGGCACUUCCUGUCUACUUUUUCUACAACAUGGCUGCGACCUGUCGCACCAUCGACUUUCUCACUGAGACGCCCUCAAGCAUUAAUCAGCUGUGCAUGGAUGCCAGACAGUUUGGUUUACUUCCAUGGAACACGUUGCCAGGAAAGGCUUGUGGAAUGACCUUGUCCAACGUAUGCAAAACACGGGAGUUUUUCUUGACCUAUGACCUCUACAUUGCUGCCUUCGCUGGAGCUGGGAUUACGUUAUUGGCUCUGCUCACAUAUACAGUCUCCACUACCUAUAAUUUCGCCGUUCUCCGUUAUCUGGGGAGGAAAGGCUUAGCCGCACGGUGUUAAAGCUCUCUGUCCUUUCCUGCAAUCCAUGCUGUUUCUGUCCACUGUGCACCGUAUGGAAGGACAGAAAGGAAUUUCUUCACCUACCUGUUCAACACCUCUGUUUCUCCUUAUAAGACUCUGACACACUGUAUAGCAGGCCAGCUGAGCGUUUGUCCAGCAGGUAAUGAUGUAAAUCUGAACCAUGGAGGCUAGUAAACUCUCUUCUGUUGUUUUUCUUGAGGCAGGACGACAGAUUAUUAGAUGACCGUUGAUUGUAACACUGCUUUAUUGUGUGAUUGUAGUGCCACAAUUUUCAGACAUGCUGUCUUUAAUAUAGUGCCUUUUUCUUCCCUGAUGGACAAAUGACUCAGUUGGAUAGGAAGCACAGGGUUGCAUGGUGUUUGGUAAAGGAUUUGUUAUCAUCUUUUAUCCCCCCCCCCCUUUAUUGUUUUAAUAUAUCUUUAGCUGUUUAUAUUUUGUGAUUUUAGCAUUUUCGUCUUUUCUAUACAAGUGCCUACAUCCAUUAAAAGCUGCGGGAUGUUAGUUUUUCCUUCAAUCCCAUCCGACAUGGAUGUUGUCUAGUGUUACUCUGUAGUUAAAUAGCCAAUUUAGUUAAUUAUUAUUAUUUUUUUUACAUUUAUUUUAGUUAACAGAAAUAACUGAUUUAAGUCAUCCAGUGAGAAACUGAAUCGCGCUUAUUAUUGUUAUUAUUUUGCUUUUUCUUUUGUAUUUACUGGGAUGGACAUGCUGGGUGUGUUGCUACGGUGAUAACCUUUCACAUCUAGUCACCAUGGUGUCCGACAUGCCAAUAUGGACUGACUUGCCGUGACCUCAGCACUUUUUUCUCACAGUCCUGGGAAUAAUAAGAGUCGCGCCCAAUUUUGAGACGAACCUUGGUUUGAAACUAGGGGGAGGGCGAACAUCCAUCAGAUCAGUAGUUUGGAGUUUCCUGAGAGACUGUGAUAUUUGCGAUGCUGUGUGUGUUGUCUCUAAAGACUGUCGAGUCACUCGGUGAUCAUUUCCACUAUUUAACAACGACGAUUUCUUAAGACAUGGUGAGUGCUCAGUCUCCCCCUAGUGUCAGCUGUGUUCAUCUCAAAUGCACACAGUUCUCCAUCUUAAAACACAGCAUUUGUGUCCAUCCCUGUAACUAUCAGGAGAAAAUAGUAGUUAUUGUGUAACACUAUUAUUUUAGCUAUUUUUUUUUUUUAAAUCUAAUCCUUAUUUACAUUUUAUGCAUCAAAUUGUUGUUUCAUGCUACUAGCAAUAUUUGUUAGAAGUGUUUUUGUAAGUCAUAUGGCCAGUGCUUUUUUUUUUCUUUUCUCCUCCAGAUUUUGGUAAUAAAUAAAGGAAAUCAGAUGAGGUCUAUCAUUUUGUGUGAGAAAAAGGCUUUCAGUGUAGACCCACCAGGUUUGUGUAGAGGAUGUGGAGAGUUUCUUUUUCUCUUUGGCAGAUUCACUGUCCUCUGCACCUGGCCAAGUGGCAGAUUCUACUAAGAGACAAGCGAUACAGAGUGAAAGGGGAGAAGAGAGAUGUGCUGUUCAGCAGGAUCUCGAAACACCACAGUGGCAGUAUCAGUUCUCCUUACGCCGCCAAGCCUGCUGAUGCGUGAUUGCAUGAUUUCCCCGAAAAAAAAAAAACACAGGCCUAUUGCGGAUAUACUAGAUGUUAAGCAAGUAUGUUUAGUUUGAAAGCAGAAAUGGACCUUUUAUAGUAAGUAGUAAGCAUCACAUGUUAUACUGGAUGCUGCUAUGAUAGUGCUUUAAUUUCAAAGCUUGCUUGAUUUUCAGUUUUGGUUUUUUUAAAAAGCUUAAGUCUCUUAAUGGCCACUUUAAGUAUGAUGUAAUGU